AGGCAAUGUUGCAAGAGCAAUUUUUGCUUUAUAGCUGGCUCGGCGAGUGGCCAAGAUGAAGUACUUUCUGAUACAAGAGCGGGCAAGAACAGAUACAUCUGAUCCAUCUUGCCCGCUCGGGUUACCUGAUGCCCGUGCGCUAGACGCUGCUGGUCUUAACACGGGCCAAACAGUGCACAAAGGAACUUUAUUCAAAUGCACUAAGUCUUUUCAAGUAUGUGAAAAUUAAAUAAUCCCACUGGAAAAAAACACUGAACCUCCAAGGUCUAAGAUUCUUCAGGUAGUUCGUUGUCUUCCUAAGCUAAAUAACAAGUCCUUAAUUGAAGUUCCUUCUAGUGUUUUUUCGCGUGUAAUCACAACGGUAGCUUGCCCUUACGCUUAGUCAACAACCCAUAUCUUCUCUCAAUCAUUCAAUUUUAGGUGCUUCAUAUGGUUUUAAAAACAGUUGCUAUGGAACAUCUCUCUAAAGAAGUUAUUUAGACAAACCAGACAGACCAAACUGGGUUUUUUCUGUCGUUUUUCCUUAGACUGAAACCUCUUAAAUUUAAUUGAGUAGCAACUUUGCCACCUUUAAACCGGAAACACCAAAACCUUUUAGAAUGGUGUAUUAGAUAUUUAUCUAUAUAUUUUUUAAGUUGAGACAAUAGGGGUUCUCUUUGGAAUGGCGCCAUAGAUCAUUCCGUGACACUUACUUGAAGUGGGCUCCGCCUACGGAACAAGAAAGCUCUCGAUUUUGCUUCCCAGGUGAAGGAAGUCGUAAGCUGACGAAGCACGUACGAGUCAUUAAAACACACAGGAACUUUAUCUGUGUAACUAGAGUAUUCCAUUAGAAGUGCGAAGAUGGAAAUUGUUCACACAUUUGGAAAGAGUUCGAAAAUGGUAAUUUGUGGCACAAAUUACCAUUUUCCAACACGUACAGGGUUGGAGGAGGUUCACAUAAUUGAAUAAAGUGCCUGGACUUGUGCUACAGACCUUUAAAUUAUGUCAACCUUUAUUUCUUUUCUUUUAUUUCCUCUUUUCUUUCCUAUUUGACACUGGUGAAAUAACGCUAAUGUCGAUGAAUGCGUGACUCGUAGGGAAAAGAGCAUGUCUGUUUCAUCCUAAUGCACGCACGCGGUCAGGACCUACCGGCUAAACGACACUCGGUAACGGCAAUCUUUAAAAACUUAGUUAUUCGAUCAAAUACGAUCAGUCGCCGAAAAUUUUCCUUGAUAUACUUCACAUGAACUUAAUUAAUGUCAAGGACUGAGUACGCGACAUAAAAAAAAUAUCCCUUCAAAGUGUAGGGCUUUGGAACAUCUCGUGAAAUUUUCGGAAGCUGUCGAGACUGAGAAAAAAACUGGAUUAAGAUUUGGUUUUACAGACUUCUUUACAGACUUCCUUAUCGUUUAACUCCAAUUUUUUUGACACACGGUGGUUUUAAGAGUCACCUUUAGACGGUUUAACUUCGGCUAUUUUAUUGAAAUUUAUUAUUUCCGAAUUGGUUUCUGGAGCAAACCGCUAAUAUGUUCAAAACAGAUAACAAUAAAACACGUGCGGCGGCUGGAAAAAACGUGCGACACAGUGAACAGCUGUGAAUUUCGGUGGCAAUCUCCUGAAAUUAUCCGGUGAAAUGUAUGAGAAAGUGACAAACUGCUGAUUAGUUGUUCUGGAAGCAAAGAUCAAACGUCGCGUUAAAAGUUCAAACUUCAAAAUGGCACGUUUACUUGUAUCUUGAAGCCUAUGACUAACAGUCUAAAAAACCAUCUAGCUUUAAAGUAAAUAAAUCAUAUUUCGCAAUUCUGAAAGCAAAUUUUGGAACGUAAUUUUUUACUCGAAGUUGUUUCCCCUGUCAAUUUUUGUAGUAGAAACGUUCUCUGAUUGGUCAGCUUGGUGUUAAUACGGCAAUUUCAUGUGUACCUGAUAAUUUGACUCUCUCUAAUCCUCCAAUCAUGUUUUAGCAUAGCUUUUAAAUUACCUCUAAAAUGAAAUUGGAGAUUUAAAAAGUUUCCGUUGCAGUUUUAGCCCUUAAAAGCUUCGGAUACGUUAGAUUCAUAGCAAACCACAUCCGUUUUGAUUUCACCAUGCCCAAAACGUGAUCUGAAAAUUUCACGCCAGUUUUGGAGUAGUUUUGCCUUCUAUCGACCAUGGUUGUGCACAGAAAUGGUUUAAGCGAAGACGCCGAUAUCUAUGGAGGUAUUACACCCUCAAACGAAGAGGAAAAUUUUCUUCUUGUCUGUUUCUCUGUGAUUGUUGUGUUCACCAUUGUUGGAAGCCUUAUGGUUUGCACGGUCAACAUGAAGAACAAAGACAUGCUCAGGAGUCCUUAUAAUGUGAACUUAUUUCACCUCGCCAUAACUGACUUGCUGGUUUCUACUGCGAUCUUAUUGACACCGGGAUUUAUCUUCCAAGAGAUACCUUUCGCACCGGUGCUUGGCGGUGAGAUAUUUUGCCGUGUCAUUUCGUCGCAUUUUUUAACUUUCAGCACCGCGACUACCUCAGUCUAUAUUACCGUCGCACUCGCCACAGAACGCUGGUACGCGGUAGCGAGACCACUCGAGUACCGCGCAAAAUUCCACAAAAAACGUCUCGUAUGCGAGACUUUUACGAUAUGGGUGCUAUCGCUUGGUGCAAACUCUUUGUUGCCCUUAGAAGUGAAAUAUAACCCGGAAAAAAACUCGGCUUUGGAAAGCUGCGAAGUAGUCAAGAUCCCGUUUGUCGAUCCUCCAAUUCACAAACUCCUUGGAAUCGUUCAGUUGGCGUUCAAGUUUGUCAUUCCGUUCGCGAUAAAUUGUAAUUUGUACCUCCGAGUUUUGGCCGAAACCCGAAAGUCACGUGUACUAAGCCGCAGAAUUGGCUCGCACAUGCGCCACAACAUCAGUCGAAUGGCAGCUGUCUCCACUCUGGUUUUAGCCUUUUGUUGGUUGCCAAAUCAGGUUUUUUACGUGUGUUUCGCUUUCGACCUCGUGCAGCUUAAUACGCCCGCUCACUUCACCACCAUUGUCAUAGCACUGAUUAACCCGUGCUUAAACCCGUUUAUUUUUGCUUUUCACUCCGUGCAGUACAGACGCGGAUUUAGAAACUUGUUUUGUGGCGGAUACGCAGACGAAAAUGGAGAUAAACUAAAACAGACCGAGAACAAGCGAUUGCACAAGUUUCGCCACACGCAGCUAAGUCACUGUGGCCCUGAAAACCUCAGUCAAGCACCUUCGUCACCCGUUUAGUGAUCUGUGAUCUAUGUAGAGCGUUGAAUUUUAGAGGGAACGUUCCACUUUUGAAGCCGCUUGGUACCAGAUCUAAUACGAUAGUAUUAACUAUAUGAAGACGGCAGCAUAGUUUUAAACAUUGAAGAAAAUCUGAAAACACUAUCUAUAAAGACUUUUAAAAACCUGGAGUUCGUUAUUCCUGAAUGGAAAGUUACAAUUGCUCUCAGCAACAAAAUGGAUUUGAACUUUGCACGUAUGAGUUUCUAACCCGGGAGGGGCAGAGGCACUUCCCAAACCUUUUUUUAGGUUGUUUCCCAGGCUGUAACAAACGAUCUCUAUCACGCGUUCAGCAUCUACGGACAUAGCGGAAAAAACAGAGCUCAAAAAAGCGUGUGCACUGGGAACAGGUGCAAAUUUAGUUGCCAACAUCCUUUAAGUAGUGCACUAAUAAUUGAUGGCAAGUGUGAUUAUUAAGGUUUGUUUGCUCCAGUAGCAAAGAUGAAUAUUAUAUCAAUGCAAACCCCAUGAAAAUGUCACGUUUACCUGUACAAGUGCGGUAUAAAUGUAAAAGUCCACACAAAUCCCCCAAAAAAUUGCGCCCUAAAUUAAGAUAUUCCCCGUAUUAAGAUAUGAAAAGUACUUAACUUUAAAAAAGCAUUGUAUGACAAAGCCAUAUUUAUGGCUGAACAACAAAGAUUGAUUGAUUGAUGUCAUGUUUAAGUCCAUUUAAGCAGCUUUUAAUUAAUUUGAAGAAUUGUCAAUAUUUAUGAUCACUUCUUACAUACAGUAUCUUAAAAAAGAAUAUUAAAUGAGAUCUGUAGGUUAUUACUUUGACCGAGCAGUAAAGAUUCAUUGAUGUCAUGGUUUAGUCUUCUCUUUUAAUUCUUUUGAGGAAAACGUUUGACAAAUGAAAACGUACUUUUGAAGUAGUCAUUUCUCCAUCAAUUUUCUUAUGAGAAAACCCUUCAUAACUAGUGUGCAUUUUACAUGAUCUUGGGCCAGCUUAUUCCUUAAGAAAGUCGUACUAGCAAAUUAACUUUCAUUUUUUUUAAAAAUCUGGCCGAGCUCGUGUGGAACUCCGUGAAUCCAGUCACUAAAUACAUCGGAUCACUAAAACACGAUGAACAUGUACUUAUAUCGAGAAAUGUCUGAUCAUCUCAGAAACCAUUAUGCCUAGAAAGCGGUAUAUAAGAAUCGCCUUAGACUGAUGCAAGACAGCUUUGUUGACUUUGAACUAAAGCAAGAGCUUCAAGUUCAAAUGAACCGGAGAAUUUCCUAAAAUUUAAAUCGUAUUGUUUAAAAAAUUUUAAAUGGUGCAGAAAAACCGUUUCUUACUUCAUGUGGCCGUUCAUUUGAAUUUAAAUCAGUUAAAACACAGUUCAUUCUCAUCUGGCCAAAAACAAUGAAACAAAACUAAGUGAACCAAAUAGAAAUCGAAGCAAAAUACACGUGACCCACACCAAGCGCGGAAAAAAUACGCGUUUUUAGAUUGGUUCAAUAAACGGACCAAUAGCAGAGCUGAGAAAACACGCAAACAAAUAAACACAACUGAAAUAAAAAAAAAAACGCUCUAAAUAAAAACAUCAGCAAAUUGUGCGCAAUUCUGUUGAAUAAAGCGGCUCAAAUGUAACUAAAAUAUUGCUGAAUUUGAAUGAGAUUAAAUUUCGAUAAACAUUUCAAAAUAAAAAUGAGCGAUAGAAAUAGAAAUUUUACGUUUAUUAGUAAGACACCUAGCCUGAACAAGCAAUCGAUUCCACCCGCGCGAAACUAUUUGUUUAAACAAACAUGUUAAUGGACAAUCACACCUCUCACCGCGUAUAUAACACCGUUGAACCGUUAUUUUCUUGUCACUUGAUAAUGAUGUCAUGACGACAUCGAAACGUUGUGUAAAAUUUCUAUCGCUCAUUUUUAUUUUGAAAUAUUGCUGAAAAAUUUUCAAAAUCCAGUACAAGUUUUCCGUGCCUAAAGCCAGUCAUAGAAGUUCUCUAUAAAAUUAAUAAUGUAGAGAGGGAAGAGUUUGUUCAAACUUUCUUUACGAGGAAAAAUAUCCCAGGAGAGUCUCGAUAGCGCCAGCUUGAAUGCCCUUCAUAUGUUCUCGUUGACAACAAGCAGCCCCUUUUUCUUCUUAUUCUGUUGAGCGUCUCGGAAAGAAAUUGCACAAGAGGAAACACUCCACAGACAGAGCAGGGUGACAGAGGGCUUGCUCGUGGUCUGUCUCAGACACGAAUCACUUAAAGGAAUUCAGUCACGGCAUUUUGAGUUAUUUUGUUCAUGUACAAAAUUACCUUUAAAUUGAAGGAAACCUGA